AUGUUACAGAGUAGAGAGGAUAUUUUCGCAGCGGAAUGGAAGAGCUACUGGACGUCUAUUAAACAUCAGUUGGAUCAUCUGGGUACCAUUGGUGAUAAUACUUAUCAUUUCUGGAAGUGUGUACCUACACAUGCACGAUCGCUUAAGCAACCAAACCGUUUGCUCUUGUGGAAGGCAACAAAUAAACAUCUAGAAACAGCAGGUGUGAUAAAUGUAUGUGGGAAUCCAACGUGGACAACAACGAGACAUAGCUGGCUUGUGGUUGCUGUUUUUAACGAUGCCGUCGCAGUUAUUGAGAAACAAAACAUUAUUGUGCUGAAUUUUCCAUUGGUUUGGAUAGAAGUAAAUGAGGAAGAAGGUAACGAAUGUUUGGUACGAGUAUUUGGUCCGGAAAACAAAUUUCAUAUUAGAUUUGCAAAUAUUGAAUGCAAGAAUAUAUUUCUGCAUACCAUGCGGCAGUGGAAGUAUUUCGAUGAACGAUACACGGCAGGUAAUAUUUUGGAGAGAUGUACUGUCGAACUACCCGAAUGGCGACGUGGUUACUACAAAUUUUCAUCUCAUCAUCCUGAUUUUGCAAAUUGCACUUAUGAUGGUUAUUGGUUAUAUGGCAAACCCCACGGGAGGGGAUGUCUCGCGUGUCCUAACAAAUGGGAGUAUCGAGGAUAUUUUGCUUAUGGACGUUUAGAAGGGUUCGGAAAAAUGUCAAUAAUUACAAGUGAAAAUUUGUGUAAGAUCAGCGCACAUCUCGGUGGCAAGAAACAAGGAACAUCAGAAGUUGAAAUAUACACUGGUUUUUGGCGUAAUGGUUAUCUAGAUGGACUAGCUCAUAUUACAUUUUCAAAUGGUGACACAUAUGAGGGUUAUAUGCAAAAGGGACUAAGACAUGGUUAUGGUGUGUUACAUGCAUCUAAAGAUGAUGAGACGGAAAUAUACUUCGGUGGUUGGCAAGCAGGGAUGCGUUCAGGAUAUGGAGUUUCUACAAGCAAUAAAGAACGUUAUUUGGGUAUGUGGAAGAAUGACACAAGGCAUGGUAAGGGUACUUUGAUAGGUAUCGAAGGUGUGUAUCAUGAAGGACAGUUUGAUAACAACCGUUUGGUGUGUGGUCGUUUGAUUCUAUCUGCAGCAGAUGGUUAUUCCCAAGUAGCUUUCGAAGGCGAUUUCGAGAAGGCUGGUAUUAUUUCUGGGAAGGGGACGCUUCAUCUGAAUCAGUUCGAUCGUAUAGAAGGGCGAAUGAUAGGUGACAUUAUCAAUGGCGAAGUGAAAAUCAUCAAUGCCACUUAUUGGAGGCAAAAACCUAUGAUGCUGACAUCUUUUUCAUUAGACAAUGAUAUUCCAUCAACAACAAAUCAGUGGAUAAUUGAUGCGGAGCUGAAAUGGCAAGAACUUUUCCAAAGUUUCUUAGUGUAUGAUUUCGGUGUUCCAAUCCAUAUAGCAAACGCUGUUGAUGUUAGCGAAGUUGCUGACGAUGCAUGUCGUGUUGCUAUAUGGAAUUCGCUUGCGUCCAGUAUGACGAAGAUUCGUUUAGGAAUGAACAAAGAAGAAAUUAAAGUUACAUUCGAUAAGAACCUUGAAAAGAUUCCGCAGUACACAUUAAAAUGGUCGGGUAAAUAUUACGAGAUGGUGCAACAGUAUUGGAACUUGGCCCUGAUGCAUAAAUAUCACCCCCUUCGACGAUUGGUGUUCGGUUUAUUUGAAGUUUUCACGGGUUCUUAUGGCACAAUUGGUACUCAUCGAGCUAUUUGUAGACAAGCUGUUUGUGAAUUGCGCAGUAUACAUUCGAAAAUUUAUUCUGUUAUGAGAUUAUUAUUCAGCAGUCUACCUCAUACCUAUGAAAUGUUUGCUCCUAUACCAGUGUGUACAAAUAAUCUAACAUGCAAAAAUAUCGAUCUUGAUUCACAUUCAACUAAGAACACGAAUAAAAUUGAACGAAAUGAUGAAUCGAACUUUAGAGCAUCUCCUUUACAUCCUUCAUGCAAUUUUAUUGUUGAAACAACUUUCUCGAAGUGUUAUGCCAUAAUCUUCACACUUUAUUCAGUAAAUUGUGCUGACUUGGAUCGAAGAUAUUGGGAAAGAGUUGUUUAUUUGAAUGCCUUUACUGAUGUGAAAUUACUUGCCUAUCUCGAAAUAAAACGGGAUCUCUGGCCGAUUAAUACUGAAAAAGUCGAUGACCUUGAUACAUCAUUGAUCCGUGCUACUGCUCGCAAGAAGUUCUACAAAUCAGCUAUUCAAGCAUUGCAGCAAAUCAGUUCACAUUCCAACCCAACAUCCAAACUUGCAGCAUUGGCAAAUGCGUUUAAGGAAAUUGAAAGGGAUUUUGCAAUUUUCUGUUGA